GUGUCAUUUAUUUGUUCCCUGAAUACUGGCGAAAUCAGAUAGUAGCAAACCUGCCAUCUUGUCUGCAUCUGUUGACCUACACCAGCAUUGGCACGGUUGCUGUGGGCUUUGCUGGCACAGAAGCGGAGGUUUACUUCCCCUUUGAAAGAACGUAUGUUUAGUUUGGUCUUCGGUCCAGAUAAAACAGCAUCACAAAGGUCGGACUGUCUGCUCUAUCUCUGCAUCUGGCAUGUUAUCCCCUGAUUUAAAUUACCUUGAUUUGGUGCAUUUAUCUUACAACAUUAUUGACGCUCUAUGCAGGUUUUGCUGCUUUAUUCUUCAUGAUAUUUAAUGAUGUUUAUAGACUCAGGAAGAUACAGUACAUGUAACGGCUCUACAUGAUUUCGACGCACGCUCGUCUCUAAAGUCUCGGGGAAAAAAAGAAUUCCUUGACUAGUUUCCUGUAACCAUGGCGAUAGGAAGUGCACUGUAUCCUGUUGUUUUUUUCAGCUUCCCCCCAAUUGUACAUGCCUGGAAUUUUGCAUGCAUUACUUGAAAGCUGCACAAACGCAUAGCCAGUGCACUCUUGCUGUGUUGGAGGCCAUUUGAAGAUAGCCAUUGCAGCCAUCAUGGAUUAUACCAAGUAACACCUCUGUUGAUCAAACCUGGUAGUGAUGCAAGUUAGAGCUGAGGGUUCCAACAGCACUUCUGCCAAGAUCUUGCCACAUCCUGAGACAGCUGUGCUCGCCGCCAGCCCAGGUCCAAGCCCAAGCCGUUGUCAGACCCAAAGAAGAGAUGGAGACGGCACAGCCCCCCAGGACCUGUAGCUCAUCUGAAGCAGCUGGGAAAUCCUGCUGGGGUUUGGAUGCCAGACUGGUGAUGCUUCUGGUGACUCUAGCCGGAGCUGGCAUCCUGUUGCUUCUGUACAGACUAUUACAAACACGACACAGGUUGAGGAUGGCGAGUGCAAGACAUGCUCUGGAGUAUUACAGCUUCUACCACACGGCCACCUACACGUUCAAACAGCCAUCAUCAUAUGAGAAGCUUCCGAAUGGCAAAGUUCCACACACCAUUCCACCUGUCCAAACUGUCGCCAUUGCAAGACCUGCUGUCACCACCCCACUGCCACCCCUUCCGGUACCCCUUCCAGUGCCACUCCCCCCGGCUCCUGUCCAUCCUGCAGUACCUUCACUCCAGAUGACGCCGCCUCUCCUGACUCCUCCCGUGCCCGUGAUCGACACCGCCGCACCAAGCCCCCACCAGUCAUGGGGUGCCUGCUCAGACGUCGAUGUGUACUCUCGUAUUGGAGCUUACAGGCCCUCCAGGCUCUCGAGCCUUUCUAGCCAUUCGAAGGUCAUUCUUUUCGAACACUCCUCUCUUUGACCUGAGCGUACUAUUUAUCAUGAAGUCUGAUUUCCUUCUUCCCCUUCAUAUUACUAGUUGCUUGACAGCAUAUUAGUUGCUGUCAAGUAAUUAUUAGGGCUGUCAAUCGAUUAAUAUUUUUAAAUCGGAUUAAUCACACUUUGGAAUUUUUAAUCACUGGUGCCAAAUAUACCACACACAGUACCACGUUUGGCUUUGAGAUGGUAUUUUAAACUUGUUGUGCUUCAUAUUACUAUAUUACGGUCUGUUCAUUGUAGGCAUGGGCGUGUACUGAUACCAGGUAUCGUAUCGGGCCGAUAGUGGCCUUAUUUCAAGGUAAUGGAUACUUGUGAAGGCUGCUGAUACCACCCACUGAUACUUAAGGCUAAUAAAAGGCUAAUAAAAUCUGACAUUGAGUUACUCGUCCUCACCAGUAGUUGGCACCACACUGCAGGGAUUUCACACAUUGGCAAAUAAUCAAGUGCGUCAUAAAGAAAGAGAAAGGUCUUUGUUUUCAACUGUCAUUGUGUUAAUUAAAAUGUUAUGUAUCAAAGUAGUAGUGGUAUUAGUAAUCGGUAUCGGUGAGUAGUCAAAAGAGUGGAUACUCGUGCAGGUGUUGGUUAAUCCCUAUAACGUGUUUACGCUCCUUCUGCAUCACUUCUGUGUUACGUUCCCCAAAACAACUGCAAGAGUAGUACUUGACAUUCAGAAGUAUGACAUUUAACAUUAAUAUGCUGUAGAUAUUGCUGCUGAGAAGACAAUGGCCCAAUUUCAUGAUAAAAUGAUUGGAGGCUUAUUUUCCAUGGAAAUGUACUUUUUCCACGAAAUCAAACAGAAUAGAAUAAAUGAAAAAGCCAUUUGCUAUAUAUUUUGAAUCCUAAAUAUUAAUUUAUAUCUUUGAAAUUGACCAAUUGUGUGUGCAUGCAUAAUGCUUGUAUGCAUGGCUUUGUGAAGUUCCAUGUUUUUUUGUUUUUUUUUUUAAAACAUGGUGAAUCAUUGUACAGUGUUUGUGUGAACAAUAGUUUGGGUACAGAAAGUAAAUGUGCCUUCUAUAAAGCA